CCUCAAUUGAGACGACGACAACGCGACGAAUAACACCCGUCCUAAAACCGACAUCACGAGAUUAGUUGACCAUCGUUGGUUUUGGUCAAUGGGAGACUGCUGGUGAUUUCCAACUUCAAAAUUAUCAUGGCUCUUUUCUGUGGCAACUCAUUCUAGCCUCGGAUCCAUGACGACGGCGUCUCUGGCGUCAAAAAUCAAAAAUCAAAAACCGAGAUCCAGGAUACGUUUCAGCAUCAACGGCAUUUCCUCGGCGAUGAGAUAGUGGGUGGCUAUGGCGAGGGCUAGUAGCACUGCCGCUUUGGGAGAAUGCACUACCUGGUCUCCCGGCCAUCUCACCAGUGAGACAAGAAUACCCCGUCGAUAUCUCCAACCCCCUUCAGACCAGCGCGAGUUACUCGAUCGCCCAGACGCUUGGCUUGUGAGGGGCUUUCCCAAUGUACCGCCAAGUGUACUGGAGGACGUGAGGGCACAAUAUGUCAAGGAAUCUCGGGCUCCCUCUCGGGCGGAGGGAGAAGCAUUGUCCUCACAACCCGUCUCUCCCGCUUCGACUAAGAGGGAGGAAGCAUUCUCAUCGCAGCCUGCAUCCCCGGCACAGAGUGCCACACCGCACAUCGACCCGAGUAAGCCUUCGGUUGAGGAUCAGGAAAGUAGUGAGCCCGGCACCCCUAUACCAUGGUCGCAGUCUCCCUCACGGCAUACCCGCGGGCUAGGUCAGCAGAGAGAAGAACUGGAGACAACUGCGAGUACCACACACCGGCAUUCAUCUGCUCAGCACAGCUCUAUAGCUGCUGGCAACAAUUUAUCCCGGGCGAGAUUCUUAACGGACUUCCCUCCCAGCAGUAGCGCCACAUCUGAUCAGGGGUUGGAGAUCAAGAUCCCCCAAGCUGUUACCGAGGUCCUAGCGCCGGUGAACCGACAACCUGUCGCUGCUCUUGAGCCCACUCCGCCCUCUGCCCAAAUAAUACCUUGCACCAUUACCGAGAAGCCCAGUCUUGCGCAAGCGCCCCAAGCGCCCCAAGCGGAACGCCGUCGACGUAUGAAACCUGUCGUCAUCCCCAGCCCCGAACCAGUCAAGCACAAACACGCUUCAAGGUUAACGCUUCCCAACACCCGCGCCGAUGUCCUGCUUCGGUCGUCUAGCCCAGUUGUUAGCUCGUCACCCCCGCCACUGCCGACGGUUCCCCAUCGGCCUGCGGAGACACCGUCUGUUACGCUGCCAGUGGGAGAUCAACAUAUCCCAGCACCAGAGAACGUGCCGGAGGUUGUUGCUGCUACAUCGCAGCUAGCGGCAAAUCAAGGAUCCAGCAAUUCUACGGACAAGCCACCGCCAAACGGGCCUUCGUCGCAGGUCCCGUACACCGCCUUCACCGUGGCCUAUCCAGGUUACAGAGGCAGUCUUAGAACAUUCAUCUGCGGCGUUCUGUGCAUCUUGCCGCUUCAAAAAGACAGAGCCCUCCCCGAGUUUCUCUAUGACGACUUUGUCCGAGUAUUCUCGACGGACUUUCUCAAAUACAUCGACAGCCUGGACGAGGAUGCACACCCCCUUUCGGCAAUCCAGUUCUACAAUGAGAACGUGUCGAGGCCCCUUUACACCAAAGGCGUCCUUAGUAAGGACAGCAUCAAAGAUGUUCCCAACAAGUAUCCGGAUAAGUCACGCGCCAUUCAGCGAGCCCUCAAGAAAUCCGAUACUGAAGUCCGCAGGCAGUCGACCCAGCAAGCAUCGGACAGGAUGUCCGCCGGCGAGAAAAUGGUGCAGUCGCCGGCCGUACCAACGGACACAAGUCAUCCACUGCCACAACACAGCCCCCUCAGCCCGGCUUCCGUGACAAACCCCGAAUCUGCGACUCGGGAAGUUUCGCCGCCCCCAGGCCCCAUCCACUCCACUAUGCAAAUGCGGCCCUUGCAGGAGCACCGAGUGACCAGUGCGCCGCUGGCAGCUAGCCCGGACACUUCUGGAUGUUCCUCGGUCCGCCAACGCCGUACUCCGGCUGAAAUAUCAGCCAGCAUGGCAAACACCUCUGCCACCGGGCUCGAGGUUUUGCGGACCCAGGUCGACUCUUCGCCGCCAAACAUCCAGCCUUCACCCACGCCGCCAAAGGUAACCACGAUCAAGUUACCGGUGGCGAGCACAUUUCCUAGCAAUGUGCUCUCUCAGAUCAGCAACCCCGAUAGCAUACCGGAAACGGUACUCAAGCGCAGAGCUGCACCCCGGGCUUCUGUAGGGUCGUCGACAGCGGAAUCUGGUGGCGGGUUCAAGCGACAAAAAACGGCGACAGAGGACGCAGACAAGCGAGCUCUGCGGUUCAGGAAGUUUUUGAUGCAAAAGAGGACGCAGAGCUCCGCCCCUGAACGGCUGACACCACAAUAAUCGAAAUACUGGGAGACAUAUUGCAUUGGGCUGGGUUGGGGAGGGAUUGGUAAUGACUUGAUACCCAUCUCCAGGGGGGAGGACAAUGACAGAACAACAAAAUGGCGCGAUUCAUAGUUCUGUUGCCCGCAAAGAUAGGAUGGGUUUUGUAUGCCUUACACAAGCACAUCUUCAUAAUACAGUAUACAAUACUACGAGACA